AUGCCGCUGUUCCUGGGUCAGACUGGAGGGUCCCUGGGAACAGCGGGGUGUGGAGCAAUGACCUGUCAUCUUGGACCUUUGUUGCCUGAGAGAGAUCUUCACGUCGAAGACGACCUUUCUCCCUUGGCCAGCAUUUCGUCUUGGACAAACUCGGCGAAAUCCGAGUUGUCAGAAUUUGGUUAUCGUUGCCACGCAAUCCCGCUUCCAUUGCAAGCAGGACCACCACCCACAUUGGAUUUCCAAAGAAACGCCAUCAACACCAUUUCGUUGCAGGCGUCUAAACCAAGGCUUACGGAUCUUGGUAACAAUUGCGGCAUCCCUGACGCCGGUUUGUUUCUCACUCCGCCCGACCACCGUGAUACAUCCGUACCGAUGACCGGCAUGGCCCGACACGGCUCCGUCGGUGCCUUCAGCGGGUUCUCCGUUUGCCAACCGGCACUCGGAGCUUCCCUGCAGUGGCUCCCCGCGAUUGGCACCGCGGAACUCGACGACAUGAUCAACGCCUUCCUUCCUGGCCCCGCCUCUAUCCAGGACAAGCGUGCUCACAUCUCCAUGGACUUUUUUGAGUUCUCCCGACAGACCGGUGAGAACUUCAAGUUUUACCCCGUUCCUUCGGGGUCCUUCACUCCGGUGACAGCCUCGCCGGCCACCUCCGCCCUCUACGACUCGGGCUACGCAUCGAGCUUCAACCACUCUCCUGUCCUGUCCGAACAGGGCUCCUGGACCCAGUCCCCUGCGCCAUUUGCCCCUGCGGCAUCUGGGUCCAAGCCGCGUUCUUCUGCAUCCAAGAGGUCCAGCACCUCUAGCUCGCGGCAGCAGACAGUGGACUUCGCCAACCACCCCGGAAUGCGUAUACUCACCAAGGAUGGCCGUGAUGUGACGAAUUCGGCUUCCCGAGGUUGCAAGACCAAGGAGCAGCGGGAUCACGCCCAUCUGAUGCGGAUCAUCAAGGCGUGCGACGCCUGCAAGAAGAAGAAGGUCCGCUGCGACCCCAGCCACAGGAAGCGGAACGCUUCGCAGACGUCCGCAACGCAAACCGAGCAGAAGCCCACCAAGAAGGCAAAGAAAGCAGAUGAGCCAGCCCCCGUAGCAGUGGCCAAUGCGGCAGCCGAUUUCACUGCCGCAGACCCUUUUGCGGCCGAGUCCCUCUCCUUCCCAUCCUUCGACAUCGGCUACCCCCAAGACUCGGAGGAGUUCUGGAACGAAUUCGUUGCCCUCGACCAGGAGCCAGUCGCGAUUGCUCCCACAUCCACCAUUGACGACUUGUUUUUCGACUCGUUCACCGACGUCCAGAGCUUCUUCUCGCCAACCCCCGGCUCCACCGCGACUUCACCCUCUCAUAUCCUCACGCCAAUUACGCCAGAACGUUCUGACGCAUCACCUGCCAUUGCAUCUGACUACGCAAUUGGCGCCCCUGGCGAGUUCUCGCUCGAGGACCCGGCCGUUCCUUAUCUCAACCCGGGUGUCGCUCAUGGCACCAACUACCUGGACUUCAACCUUUAUUCGCCAGGCCCUGAGCUGUUUGACGAAGACCCUGUUCUCCAGAUGAGAGACCUCGGGAGCCAACAACAUUCUCCGCAAUCGACUAGCCCGGGAACUCAACAUUCCGCCCAAGCCUCUCCCACAUUGACGUCCGAUGUUUCCCAGACAAGAUCAACCGGCGAACUACAUGGUGGUGAGAACCACACAGUCACCGCCGUGGUUCAUGAUGAUGCCUGGUAUUAUGAUCCUGGGGACACGCUCCACGACAAACCACAGCCCAGCGCGCAUCACUCACCCACGAACCUGCAGUUGAGCACCAAUCACAAUAGGGUAAUCGACGACGGAGAUAGCAGCCACAGCCGCUACAGGCAUAUUUCUGGUGGCAACUCGGACGCCUUUGCUACUCUCAUCGUCCAGUCAUCAGUUUCUCAGUCCUCGGCACCGACCGUACUCGGCAGCGUCACCAGCACCAGCACUGUGGUUGCCAAUGUCACCCAGUCGUCGGUUAGUCCGACCAGGGCACCUCGACCCAGGAGGGUAACAUCAGCAUCAGCACCCCCUGGAGGCGCAUUGGCACCGCCUGGUCGCUCGCCUGCCUCGACCCAGGUUUCUCAGAAUGGCAAGCUUGACGUGUAUGCCAAGGCAUCGCCGUCGACUGCCGCGCCUGAUCGUGGAUCAUUAGGGUGUACAACCAAGACGGCAACCGAGACGGCCUUCCAGCAAUAUCACAAGGUCGUUGGCAGCACCGCACGUGCUAGUUCGCUACGCUUCGUGCAGAGCUGCACAAAGGGCUUCAAGUCGCAGCAACUUGUGACUCGCCGUGCAUCCGGAUCGCCCACCCCUGAAGACGAAAAGCAUGCCACGCAGCAGGCCACUGCUGCAGUCAAUGCCACUUUGGCUACCAUGUUGUUCUCGACCCUGCCGAAGCGGCGCGACGUCGCUGGGGAAGAUGUGCAUCUUAACGCAUUCUUCUUCCAGCUUGCCGUGUUCGGUCUUGUCUCUUUCCUCUGUGCCUCUGCGUUGCAAGCACACCUGGCAAAUCAAGUCAACCUCGUCAACAUCCUUGCCAUCACAAGCAUCUCACUGGCCCGGCUAGCACCUCGGUGCUCCGGGCCGUCGAGCGCGACAUGGGUCGCCUCGGAACCCUUGCAACCGCCGACGCCCUCUGGCAUCCUCAACAACGUCAAGUUGAAAGUCCAGUCGGUCGUCACGGGCCUGGAAGAUCUCAAGUCUUCCGGGUCUUGGCGGGCGAGAAGCUCCAUGCCUCGCCUGCCAACGGUGCGACUGCUGAGGAUAUAA